UCACUGAAAGUGCUGAGCCCUGCAGCUGGUAUCGCAGGCAGACCUGGGCUCGUGCCCAUUCCCAGUGCCCAGACAGGAAACUCGAAGGGUCCAAAGAGUACUGCAGCACGGCCACCAAGGGCAGAGUGCAGCCUGGGGCAGCCAUGAGGAGUGCCCUGUGCUGUGGGGACACUUUGGGUGAAAGCAUGAUUUGCACGGGCUCCUGCAGCUCAGCCUCCUCUGGACCUGGGAGCUCAGUGCAGUACGUGUCCCCAUGCAGCCCUGCAGCAAUGCUCCAUGCAGGACCUGUCCCUGUGUCCCCAUGGUGCCCUGCAGCGAUGCCCCGUGCACGACACGUCCCCAUGCAUCCUGCAGCCAUUCCCAUCCGGGUGGCAGUGGGACGCCUCUGCACAGAGGUACCGCUGCUCAGAGCAGCUCGGUGCCCACGCGUGUGACGUGACGGCUGUGCCUGUCCCCGCAGGUGCUGAUGGCGAUGAUGUCGAUGCAGCUGGGCGGGCUGGUGCUGGCCGUGCUGGGCUGGCUGGGCUCCAUCCUCACCUGCGCACUGCCCAUGUGGAAGGUGACGGCCUUCAUCGGUUACAACAUCGUGGUGGCCCAGGUCUUCUGGGAAGGGCUGUGGAUGAACUGCGUCUACGAGAGCACGGGGCAGAUGCAGUGCAAGGCGUACGACUCCCUGCUGGACCUCACCUCCGACCUGCAGGCCGCCCGCGCGCUGGUGGUCACCUCCAUCAUCGUGGCCUUCCUCGGCCUCCUCACCGCCAUCUCGGGGGCCGACUGCACGCGCUGCAUGGAGGACAAGAGCUCCAAGGGCCGCGUUUCCAUCGUGGCGGGGGCCAUCUUCGUGCUGGCUGGCAUCGUGCUGCUCAUCCCCGUCUCCUGGUCUGCCAACAGCAUCGUCACCAACUUCUACAACCCCAUGGUGCCCGAGGCCCUCAAGAGAGAGCUGGGGGCUGCCCUGUACAUUGGGUGGGCCUCCAGUGCCCUGCAGCUGCUGGGUGGGAGUAUCCUGUGCUGCUCGGGGCCGCCCGUGGAGCGGGACCACUACCCCAAGUCAUACCGUGGGGUGAAGGGCUGUGGCCCCAUGGGCUACCCCAUGAAGGACUACGUGUGAGCUGCCCAGAUGGGCACUGCCCCUUGGGCACGGCACCAUGGUCCCCGUCUCACCCACAUCCCACAUCCCCUGCCUGCACACCGUGUCCCCAUGCCAGCUGUGUCCCCCCCGUGCUUUGCCCUUCCUGCAGGCUGGUGACAGUGCGUGGCCCUGUCCCGCUGCCCUCCUGGGGCACUGCCACUGCUCCCAGCUCUAUAAAGGUCUUGGUGCCACCGAGGCUGCCUGGGCUCGUUUUGAAGCUGUGUCGUGA